AUGGUUUCUGUUACUGCCAGACUGCAGAGGCUAUCUAAUGACAUCAAGGGAACCCAUCCACCAACAGUGGAAGAACGACAAAGGACAGAAUUAACAUUGGUGAAACUGAUUCAAAACAGUGCAUUUCUUGAUGCUGUUAGUGCAAUGAGGUCAUCAGAAUCACUACCAAGCAGUAACCCUAUUCACCCUUUAGACCCAGUUCUACAAGAUGGAGUCCUCAGGGUUGGAGGAAGAUUGAGGAAUGCAAAUAUCUCAUCAGCACAGAAGCAUCCUAUCAUCUUGCCAAAAUGCAAUCAUUUUACAAGACUCAUACUUCAACACGCAUAUACACUAGUGCAUCAUCAAGGCAGAGGAAUCACUCAUAAUAAGUUGCGUUCUUUAGGAUAUUGGAUUAUUGGAGGAAGCAAAGCAGUGACAGAUUUCAUACGUCAGUGUGUCUUAUGCAGAAAAUUAAGAAGACCCACAGAAAUUCAGAAAAUGGCAGAUUUACCUAAGGACCGUGUGGAACCAACACCGCCAUUCACUUACUGUGGUAUGGACUGUUUUGGGCCGUUUCUGCUGAAAAAUGGACUCAGGGAAGCAAAGAGGUAUGGCCUACUCUUUACUUGCUUGUGUUCGAGAGCCAUACACAUAGAAAUGUUGGAUGAUAUGAGUACAGAUUCGUUUAUAAAUGGACUGCGUUGCUUCACAGCCAUUCGGGGAGCAGUUAGACAUAUUUGCUCUGAUCAGGGAUCUAAUUUCAUUGGUGCUAGGAACGAAUUUGAAAGAGAACUUGACAAAGGGAAAGUUGUAACCUUUCUAGCUGAACGACAGUGCGACUUUGUAUUGAAUGCCCCUAGCUCUAGUCAUACUGGUAGAGUUUGGAAAAGACAGAUCAGAACUGUGCGGAAUAUACUCGACUCUGUAUUGUCACUCGCACCAGGAAGACUUGAUGACGCAUCACUAAGGACCUUGUUCUAUGAGGUUAUGUCGAUAGUAAACUGCCGAUCACUAUCAGUCAGUGAGAUCGACAACCCAGAUUCUUUAGAGCCACUUACUCCAAACCACAUCUUAACGGGGAAGAUCACUUCACCAUCCCACCCCCCACCCCCCACCACCACCCCCCCCCCUCCUGGAGAGUUUGUGAAGGAAGACCUCUAUCUUCGCAAACGCUGGAGAAGAGUGCAGUACCUUCUGGAACAGUUUUGGUCAAGGUGGAAACGAGAAUACCUAGCACAGACCACCUUGCGUCAGAAGUGGCAUGGAAUUCGUCGGAACAUACAGGAAGAUGACAUUGUUCUAGUGAAGGACGUAGAUUUGCCGCGCAACCAAUGGCCUCUUGGCAGGGUCAUUGAAGCCAAUCCAGAUGAAGACGGCCUGGUGAGAAGAGUCAAGGUCAAGACACAGUCAUCAGUAUUAGAGAGAACAAUUCAUAAGUUGGUGUUACUCAUAGAAAAGUAA